GAGGAAGCAAGAAGAACGUCAUUAUGGUCAUAAUACGUUUCUAUCUGUUCCACCAAUGAAAUAGAACAUUUUUCUUUUUUUUUUUUUUUUUUUUUUUUUUUUUUCUUUUCUUUUCUUUUCUUUUUCUAAGGAGAACGAGGAACAAGAGAUGAUAAUAAACGAUCCAGGACCAGGAGACAUCUUCUUUCUAUAUGGAUCUGUAUUUCUAUGAGCGAUCUGUCAAAUUCGUUUGUUCGUUCGUUCGUUCGUUCGUUUGUGGUAUACGCCGGUGCUGUACAUAUGCGAUGGUGUGUACAUACACUGUGCCUUCUCAGCUUCCUUCCUGGUGCUGCGCAUGCAAACCAUCCGUAGGAAAGAGUUAAAGGUGGUGCAAAACAUUGCAUCUCCUGAUACUCGAGUUUUUAUACAAAGGAAACAUGUCUGUUCGGUUUGAGAGAGAGAGAGAGAGAGAGAGAGAGAGAGAGAGAGAGAGAGAGAGAGAGAGAGAGAGAGAGAGAGAGAGAGAGAGUUUCGUACUACAGUAAUACUUAUGUACUGUGAUAAGAGUUCACCGCAUCAUUUUUCUUUACUGCGAUCCUUGUGUCUUCUUCCUUACUAUCGUAAGAAAAGCAAAAAAUCAAUGAAAAAAAUAAUCCCCCCUCCCCCCAUAGGAUGAACCAAUGAACGCUCCAAGAUUAACAAGAAAACAUUUGCAUUCUUUUUUGCAAAAUAUUCAAAUUGUACUACUAUUUUGUCCCUUUUUUUUUUUUUUUUUCUUUUUUUCGUAAUAUUUCUUUUCUUUUUUUUUUAUUUUUUAUUCUUUUUUCUGUUCUUCUUUUUUUUUUUUUUGUUUCUUUUUUUUUUUUUUGUCUUUUUUUUUUUUUUUAGCCUAUUCCGAGGACACACGUGCACAUAAUUUAAAUGGAUAGACAUAGAAACAGGGACAGGGACAAAAACAAAGAGACAGAGAGAGAGAGAGAGAGAGAGAGAGAGAGAGAGAGAGCGACAGACUUUCUCUCUUAGUGUCGCGUUAUGUAUGUGUCGACCUAUUAGAUGUAAUCUUGCGUAGAAAAUGAAGAGAAAACAUUUAAUAAACAAACAAACAAACAAACAAACAAACAAACAAACAAAAAAAACCACAAAAAAACACAAAACAAAAAAAUAAACAAAACCGAAUAAAGCGAAAUGCGUAAUGCGUAAUACGUAUGUUGUGUGUGUGUGUGUGUGUGUGUGUGUAUGUGUGUAUGUGUAUAGAUGUAUGUAUGUACAGGAUUAGUACCUAUAAUAAGCUCAUAGGACAGACAGCUUCGAAAUCGUAUAUCGUACUUUUAGGAGAGAAGAAAGGAUAAAUAGAGAGAGAGAGAGAGAGAGAGAAAGAGAGAGCGUGUGACAAAUAAAUAAAUAUCGCGCGCGUUGAUUCGUUCCAAGCUCUUAUUUUAUCUUUUUUGUUUUCUUUUUUUAUUUUUUUUCCUUCUCUUUUCUUUUCUUUUCUUUUUUUUUUCUCUUUUUUAUAAAUACGUAAGAAACGAUCGCACCGGUGGUCCUUCAUUAUCGAACGUUAUUAUUGUUUCGUUUGUGUUUUAGUAAAAAAAAAAGUGCAUGUCUAUGAUACUGCUCGGUGGGGUUUGAGAUACGAUUAGAAAUUUUCUUCCUUUUUUUUUUUUGUGUGUUCUUUAUUCUUCGACUGUUUCGCCAUUGUCUUUGAUUGCCUCUCUCGUUCUAUGAAAUGAAAUAUGGUUUUCAAUCGCCAUUUAAUUGCCAGUAAUAAUUACAUA